GGCUCUUUUAAACAGUCACUAUCAGUUAGCAGUGCCUGUAGCCUCGGUUAGCAAGCAACCAUGGGAGAGGGCGAAGAAUCCGCUGCUCCGACUGCUUCUGCUUCCAGAUUGAAGAGGGAAGACUAUAAGCGGACUAAGCACGACUCCCACUUCUCCAAAUGGCAGGUUCUUAUUGGACCUACUGAUUGGGAAGACUACUUCCAGGGGAAGGAAGGAGUGGCUAGGUACAGGGUUCACAACCUCCCAACUAGCUCAGGUCCCGGUUUAUAUGAGCUUGGCGUAGCGGUCUCUCGCUCUGGGCUGGGGCGUCUCGUUGGCAAACUUGAUCCGGAUGACAUUGUGGUCGUUUACCUUGGCCAAGCGGACAAUGUUCGGAGUCGCCUCCAGCGUUAUGGCCGUUCUGGUGCUCAUUUGGGCAAUGCCUAUGCAACUGGUCACUGGGAUAGUAAAAACGACUCUCCUCAAAAGGGGCUUGGUUUAUUCGAGGAGAUAUUCUCUGGAGGCCACUCCAUUGUGUUUAGAUGGGCUUCUAUGAAGGAUAAGAGGAAUGCUGAGAAAACAGAAGCUCAGCUCCUUGACACUUUUGAUUAUGCAUGGAAUAAAGGUAGUAAUGGUGCACGCCGUCCUAAUGAUAUCCUUCAGAAAAUUAGUAAAAUUGCUUUAAGCACUAACAGAUUUUCAAGUAUCUCAAAAAGGCUUUUAUUUCUACGACCGGGCCGAGUGGGUAUUAAAAUUGAAGCAAACAAGCCACUUUCACCACAAAAAUGUACUAUUCCUGCUGAUGAGGAUGGAAAAAGUUUCCUCAAUGGAAUUUUCAAGUUUAACAGAUCACAGCCUAGAUUAGUUUCAGACAAAUGUGGCAUUGAUCAGGACUUCAUUCACAUAUGUGGAUUCAUCAUGAAUGACGGUGUCCCUUGUAGAAGGCCGCCUGUUCCAGGGAGAAAGAGAUGUGAAGGACACAAAGGAAUGAGAAUUUAUGGAUCUAGUUCUAAACCAAUUUCAGAAGGGAGUUCAAAUUAUUUGCCUGGUGUGCAUCUGGAUCCUAGCACUCACUAUGAACAGGACUAUGCUACCACAUGUGGGGUAAAUUUAGGUGAUGGGAAUUUCUGCAGGAGGCAAGCAGUGCCAGGAAGGAAAAGAUGCGAGGAACACAAAGGGAAGAGGGUUAACAGCUGUGUCUCUAACCCAGUAGCAGAAGAGGAAUGCCAUCCUGCUUACAAUGGUUCUAUGGACUGGACAAACAACAUUGUCUCGCCUGGAAGCAACAUGGAUCAGGAACCUCGGUUUCAUUCCCCAUAUGAAUUUUCUAUUGAUGAACAUGUUUCUUCUAUUUGUGGAGCAACUUUGGGGAAUGGUUCAUUCUGCAGAAGGCAACCCACUCAAGGAAAUAAGCGGUGUUGGCAGCACAAAGGCAAGAGGGGUGAUAGUUCCAUUUCAAGGUUUGAUACAGUCACAUGUGGAGUUGCCUUACAGAACGGUUCUGUCUGCAUGAGAGCUCCUGUUCAUGGAAGAAAGAGAUGUGAGCAGCACAAGGGAAUGAGAGUCUCCACAUCCUUUAGUCGAUGAGUAACAUCAUAGAUUAGAAUAGUGUUGUAUUAUGAAGGCCUCCUAAGUUGUUGAAUAAUGUUGUAGCUUGCUUUCCCUAACAUUUAUUAGGGAAUGGUGGUCGUACAUCUCUAAAGUUGUAGUUGCUUGGCACUGUGCCUUAGUGAUUGUAACUGUGGUUCUGCGAGACGCGUUUUGUCGAGUAUCAUUCCUCUUAAACCAUUUGCCUUGACUGAAAA